CAGUCGACGUUCAGCCUUCAGUUCGCACGGUUCGUCAAGCGGUGGCCCGCUGGAAAGAUAGUGCCAGAUAACACCAACCAACCCAUAUAAUCGGACAUAAUUCCGAGUGCCGAUCGAGAAUUCUUGACGGGCGUACGUGUGUGUGUGUGUGUGCGAGAAGCGUGUGUCAGUUAAGUGUGUGCAUACCACAAGCAUAUAUAUAUUAUAUAUAUGGCAUAUUUAUCAAUCAUUUAAGCAGUGACUUUAAUGCUGUAAUUUCGCCUGAUUGAUGGCUGGACAUGACUCUGGGUCGCGUUCUCCGCGAUGCCUGAAUCUGAAACCCAGCGAGUUUCUCAGUUCGUCUGAACAUGCUUCAAUUGCCGCAUUUAGUAUCGAAGAAGUGUAUUAGCAGAAUGCUGCAUUGCCGUAGUCGGGCAAUUUAUUGCCGUACCCGCAACUAAGAAUCUCUCGCUGAAAAGAGGAAGCAACCAUCCACCAACCAUCCAUUCAUGUACACACCACACCCAUUUGGUUUCCUAAUCAUCCUCGUUCCAAUGACAAAUGCAAUGCGGGCGAUUGCUGCAAUCGCAGCAGGAGUGGGUUCAGUGGCCGCCACGGUCGCAACCAGCACCACCAGUUCCAUCAGCAGCAGCACCACCAUCAUCAACACCAGUAGCGCCACUACCAUCGGCGGGAAUCACACCAGUGGGAGCACCGGAUUCUCCACGAAUUCCACGCUGCUGGACGCCGAUCAUCUGCCGCUGCAGCUCACGACCGCCAAGGUGGACCUGGACAUUGAAAUCGACAUCCAACUGCUGACAAAUGGCUACGAUGGCACAACGUUGACAUCGUUCUACAAUGAGAGCAGCUGGACAAAUGCGUCUGAAAUGGAUACAAUAGUUGGUGAGGAACCGGAGCCGCUGUCACUUGUGUCAAUUGUAGUUGUUGGCAUCUUCCUAUCGGUGCUGAUAUUCCUUUCGGUGGCCGGAAACAUCCUGGUGUGCCUGGCCAUCUACACGGAGCGCAGCCUGCGCCGGAUCGGCAAUCUGUUCCUGGCCUCGUUAGCGAUUGCGGAUCUCUUCGUGGCCUCGCUGGUGAUGACCUUUGCCGGUGUCAACGAUUUGCUGGGAUAUUGGAUCUUUGGAGCGCAAUUUUGUGAUACUUGGGUGGCCUUUGAUGUCAUGUGCUCGACGGCGUCAAUUCUGAACCUGUGCGCCAUCUCGAUGGACCGCUACAUUCACAUCAAGGAUCCGCUCAGAUACGGCCGUUGGGUGACACGACGCGUGGCUGUCAUCACCAUCGCCGCCAUUUGGCUGCUGGCCGCGUUCGUCUCCUUUGUGCCCAUCUCGUUGGGCAUCCAUCGGCCCGACCAGCCGCUGAUUUUCGAGGACAAUGGCAAAAAGUAUCCAACAUGCGCUCUGGACCUCACGCCCACCUACGCCGUCGUGUCCAGCUGUAUCAGUUUCUACUUCCCCUGCGUGGUCAUGAUUGGCAUCUACUGUCGGCUAUACUGCUAUGCCCAGAAGCACGUGAAGUCCAUCAAGGCGGUAACUCGACCAGGUGAGGUGGCCGAGAAGCAGCGGUACAAGAGCAUCCGGCGCCCGAAGAACCAGCCCAAGAAGUUCAAGGUGCGCAAUCUGCACACCCACAGUUCGCCGUAUCACGUAUCCGACCACAAGGCGGCCGUCACGGUGGGCGUGAUCAUGGGCGUUUUUCUCAUCUGCUGGGUGCCCUUCUUCUGCGUCAACAUCACGGCCGCCUUCUGCAAGACCUGCAUCGGCGGACAGACCUUCAAGAUCCUCACCUGGCUGGGCUACUCGAACUCGGCCUUCAAUCCGAUCAUCUAUUCGAUCUUCAACAAGGAGUUUCGCGACGCCUUCAAGCGCAUCCUGACCAUGCGCAAUCCGUGGUGUUGUGCCCAGGAUGUGGGCAACAUUCAUCCGCGGAACAGCGAUCGCUUCAUCACGGACUAUGCCGCCAAGAAUGUGGUGGUGAUGAACUCGGGCCGCUCGAGCGCCGAACUGGAGCAGGUGUCUGCGAUUUGACCAAAAUGCUGUCUGAAUCUCACUGGCGGUGGAGCCACAUGGCUGCCCUGCGGAUGCGGCGGUCUGCGCGUGGACGACGAUGACGAUGGAGCGCUGACCACGCGAUAUGUUCCAUGAGAUUCGGUCACGGCGGCCACCGCCACCAUUGUGGAGACCGUGGAGGCCGCGCAGAUGGAGACGGAGCUGCUGUAGGCCGGCAAAUGGGUUCCUAAAACCAACUCGAUGUCUCACAGUUUAAACCGUAAGCAAUCCCAGCCCUCUACCCUACUGAUCCAGUGGAUAUGGAAACCUGUAAGUAUUAUCAGCGCGUCCCCGAGACUAAGCAAUCAACUAUGCGUAUACUUAAUCGCACUAGUAUCUAGAUGUAAGUCCCACUAGCAAAAAGAAUACAAAUCGGAAAAACAAAAUCGAAAACCAAACCGAAACGUGAUUAGGUCUAAGAUCUUCAACCCGGCACCUAAGAGAGCUUCUAGUUAAGUUUCUGUUUGGAUAUUCAUGGCGGUUUGUCUCCAUGCAAAUGCGAUUAUUAUGGAGUGACACAUGUCACUUGCCACAUUUCUCACUCACUCACUCACCCAUACAAACAAACAAGCAAACACACACACGCACACAACAACAAAACACUCAGAUACAUGGGAAAAAAAAGAAAGAAAACGCUGCAUACAUCGCGGCGCCCUCAUAUUCGAACAGCUCUACAUUUGAUUUAUUGAUGAGAAUUUAUGGCCAUUGAACGAACAGGGCUGCCAGCUGCACUCGUAAAUCAUGCAAAAUGAUUAUUGUUGUUAUUAUUAUUACGGGCAGAGAGCAAAAGCUGUAAAAUGCCCGGCCCUUCGCCCCAAUGUACUAUAAAUGUUAUGUUUAGUUCGAGUGCCACGAUGAUAGCACGUUUUUACGACCAAACUUUGCAGACUGAUUUGAAUUUAUGCGUUGAAAUCUGUUCCACAAUGUUAAUUAAGCCAACUGUGAUUGACACCGGCAAACAAAAACAUUCGAGACGUUAACCCGAGAAGCCUUUUUGGCUACCGCAACCUGAUCCUCCGAUUACCGGAUGAUUUAAUGAGCGGCACCUGCGAAAACACAGCUAUCAGUCGGCGGAAUAAUGAACAUGUUGCCCCUGGCCCAAUUUCGUUUCCCCAGCCGGCAAGUAUCUUGUCUUCUGGCCCAGAUUCGGGAAAACAAAUGUAAACAGUUUGCUCUUCACGCCACAAUGAAAAAUUAUGCCAGCACAGGGGAAAAAUUGUGUGAUUUAUAACGUUUGGGCAAGGAAAUAAAUCAAUCAAUUACCAGGAAACGAACUUACUGCUUUAUGACCGAAGGAUAAUUAAAAAGUAUUUUAAAGAAAUUUGUAAUAUUAAUUUUGGUAAUUAAUUUCUUAAAAUGCUUGGCCUUUAUUUAUUCUACUUAGAAUUGUUAGCAUAUUGAUACUUUUUUUUAGCAGAAUAGAUAGAUAAAAUAUAACCCAGGAGAUUUAAGAAAUUUUGAAGUGUGUGUUCUAAGUUAAAAUUUAAAAGUAAUUCUGUCGGUGUAAUUCUGUUUCUUAGUUACUCUUACCCCUUUUGCCACUCGAGUUUCAAUUCUGGUUAUUUGCGGAUGCCGCAACUCUUGCCAGUGCCAUUCCCUUCCGUUUUUGUUAUUAAUACAAAGUACUUAUGCUGCCUGCUCGCCCGGUUUUUCCCCUCGGAUUCAAGGCAAUCCGCUUACAACUUUUCCAGUCUUUGUUUAUUCGAUUCCCUUUCGCGCGCUUUCCUUUUCGUGUUUAUUUUGGCAGUUUAUUAAAACUUUGGUGCUGCUUUCGUCAUUUUAAUUACAAUACACCGAACAAAAGCGAAGCGGCAUUUGUUAUCGAAAGCCACGCCCCUCUUGGACCGCCCACUGACUCGAAAAGUCGUCAUUGCCACAACUGGCACGCAAUCAAUUCAACUUCAACUCCAUCAACGAUUUCGCACGUGUCGCAGGCUCGCAGUUGAGUAAAGGCUUGAAAUUCGGUCUCUGAGUGCUUUAUGGCACACACAAAAUGGCCAUGCCCCGAAGCCCCUUCAUCUACGCCCACGAAGCUUACGGAAUGGAGGGCCUGACCCACUUCCCACAUUCCAUUUGGGUUUAUUUGGGGCGCAACCAUUGACUUUGACUUUGGAAUUUGUCGUGGCCUAAAACCCUCCGAAAAAAUGGCAUGAUAAAUGUGCGUGGCGCGGCCAAAAGCCUUAACCCAUUACGUUUUAAAUUUGCCUAUAUUCCAUAUUGAUUGAAUACAUUUUCAAUGCCUGAGCAGAAGAAAGCAACGUCUUAAAGGGAUUCGAUGAAAAGGAUAUUGCACUUGGUCUGGGGGUAGUUAAUCUUUAAAAACACUUAUUUUUGUCAGCUCAAGUUCUUCAGCGACUUUAGGCAUACGCCUAUGGGUUAAGACUGUGGCCAUAACUCUUUCGAUACGGCUUUGCAUAAUUAAGAUAAUGCCCGGAAGCUUUGCCUUUCGUUGAGGAACUUCCUGCUUGUGCCACUUUGUUGCUUCACUCACUUUAUUCCACUUUCCCUCGCAUUCUUUCACUCUUUCUCUCAUCUUUUACUCGCUGGAAGCAAUUUAGUGAUUGUGACUGCGUUUGAAUCCUUUUGUCCCCUGUCAUUGAAAUCCUGUUUCAAAGGCCAUGACUUUUUUAGGGUUUCGGUUUUCGCGAGCUUUAAUUGAAACAUUUGACAUCCUAAAGCUCCGCUUUCCCCCUAGUUUCUCCUCCGUUUUUCCAGCCUCUGGCUGUCUGCUUCUAAUUGUAUUAGCCAGAUUCAUGUUAGGAGCCUACGUGACCAGCAUGAAGAAGUGGUAUUCUCUGCGUCGUCAUUCUUGGAAAAGAGAAACCCUGCCAGCCAAGCUGAACAUGUCCUUUCAUUAGCAUAAUCGCUUAAAAAAAAAAAACUCUGCACUAGUUGCAGAAAACUCUAUUUGCUUGAAAGUCUCGACUGCGUUUGUUGUUCAUUUGCUGCUGCUUAAACAAAUAGAUUUCUCGUAAUUGCUUUCGCAAUUCAACAAAAACGAGGAAAAACCGCACGUACGGAGAAAAUACAAAUUUCUGUCAAUAACAGCAACAAACAAUUAAAUUUUUUACGCAAACAAUCCCAAUGAAAAGAUUACUGUAAUGAUGGCGUUGAAUUUAAAAAUAACACAAUAUGCAUAAUGAAUAUAUAUGGCCACAAUCGAAUGUUUAAGUUAAGCAUUUCAAUUAUAAUAGGGAAAAUUCUUUGACUUUUAGCUAGAUUACCAAAUUAAAUGGCCACAAAUGUCAGUUUACUCUGUUUUCCUCCCUCUUGCAAGAUUACCAACCCUCUUCAAUAUUUUAAGUCGACUGUCUGCCCUUGGAAAAUCAUUGCUGGCUGCAAUCCUUCGGGCUAAUCCAAUGUAUACAUAAUGUAUGUCAUACAUAUAUAUUCAAUUGGCAAUCCUUUAAGCCCCGCUUUAAAAUCUGUUUGUAAAUCUGUUUGGGAUUCCCCGAGUGUUUAACUUGAUUCUAAAGCCGAAAAAGUCAAACGAUGAAUGUCAACAUUUCGCAUAAAUUGCAUGUCGAUUGCCAAAGUGAACCCGAAAUGGUCGCUUGCCAUUAGGGAAAGGGCCAUUGAUGUUGACUGGUUUAGGCCCGCUCACUCCCUGAUUGAUUGAUUGAUUGAUGGAUGGAUGGAUGGAUGGAUGGAUGGAUGGCUGAAUAGCUGGAUAGACGGCUAAAACGAAUUUUGCCGCUUCGCUGGCAUCGUUUCUCAUCUUUUUUGUGUGUGUUGGUUUUACAUUGCCACGCCCUCUAAGCACUGCUAACUAUCAACAGUUGGCCGCCAAAAGUUUUCGCAGCUACCUUGUCCUUCUCGCUCGGCUUAACUUUAGCUAUAUUUUGGCAUUUUUAUAACUUUUACGCCUGCCAGUGUUUAUUUUGCUUUACGACUUUCCACAAAUUCCCGCAGUCUCAGCUUACACACUGUCUUCCUUCUGUAUUUCCUUCCUGUUCCUUCUGCCCACCCAGCCAUUCCAAUCUAAAUCUUUUCCUGGCGCGUGUCAUUUUGUAGCCUACUUUCUGGCUGAGCUCGCAUUCCAACGCCGCAUUGUGUAUACGCAACGUAUGCCCGCGAAAACGUUUUAUGGCCGACAUAGCCUGGCGUGCUAAUUUAUACGUUAGAACCGGAUGGGCCCUCAUUUAAUACCACCAGCGGCCCCAGUCACGCCCCAAUGGAUCAUAAAAACACAAUUUUAAUCACAAUUUUUCUUGGCGCUUACUCCCUGGGAUUUUCGUCUAGGCAAAUUAGCAAAGACAUUUCGAUAAAUGCAAGAAAAGCGUGCAUAAAAGUUUGAGUUUUAUUAUCCAAACUCUGCAUAUUUCAGGAAACUUGCUUUAAUGUACAUAUAAAUAUAGAAACUAACAAAUAAUAAUAACAAAAUUAAGCCAGCUAAUACGGUUAAUAACAUUUUCCUUUCAUAUGUGGGUGAACUUGACAUUUAACGUAUAUUGUACAGCGGACAACGCUGCGUAUACGCAAUCUUUGACAUUUGGCAACUUAAAGUGCUUUAAGCUGCCACUAAGUCGUUGGCCAGCAACUUUCAUUUGAUUUUCAGCUUCUUGCCGCAGCCCGUAGAAAGUUUUUCCCCCUUCGAGCGUCUUUUUGUCGUUGUGGGUGGAAAAGAACGGGUGGGCGGUAAACUUUCGGGCACGGGAAAAGUUUGCCAAGCACUGCAACAAUAACAAAUGCAGGCAAAGUUUAGAUAGAUUUCCAACCCUUCGCGACUGCACCUGCCUCUUACAGCACGCAAUUAAAAUUAUGUGCCCCAAAUGCAAAAGAGUUGGCUGCCACAGCCUCGAAAUCAUUUCGUAAUGCACUAGGAUCCAGGCUUAAUGCCAGUUGGUAAUUUAAUCGGAAGGCGAAUUCAAUUUAAGGCAAAAGUUUCUGAAUAAAUAAAAUGAUGGCUGUCGGGGAGUAUCGAGUGAACUGGGACCAUUUUCCAAUCGCCACUUACAAUGACAGUUAUUUAAUCCUCUCCGGGACGUGGCUGCCGCUGCUUAUCCUUAUCCCUUUUUGAAUGAUUCCUGCCGACAAGUAUCAAGCGAUUUAAGCUGCACUCAAUCGAUUUUAUAACCCGGCCCUCACAUGCGAUGCAUUUUAAUUAAGAAGGAAGCCCCAGAGUCCUCCGGAGGCGGACCAUUACAUCCUCCAGCCUACACCUUUUUAUCAAGGUCCUGUCGCCUUGACAUGCCACGCCUCGAUGUCCUUCAGCCUCUUUCUCAGCCUCCUCAGCCUCGCAGCUCCUUCUGCAGCUUGCAAUUUUAAACCCAAAUUGAAUUACUUCUCCAUAGCCGGCAUCGUUGGCGGUCUGUUGGGUGGGCCGUCUCCUUGAUUUUCCCCGGGGGAAAGGACUGCCUGACAACCCGCAUAUUUGAUGAGGCUUUAAGAAUGUCGCCGUUUCAGCCGGCAAGGAACAGGUAAAAUAGAAGGCAGGAAUGUUGAGCCGACGGUGUUAAUUGGUCUGGGGAACUCUAGGCUUUUCAGGCUCGUCUAAAUUGUGCUAGGUGGUCAAAGUAAAUAGUAGUGGUACUUAGAUAAAUUCCUAAAAAUCCUGCCUUCUUUAAAUAUACUUUUCUAACAGAGAAAACAACUAACAAUUCAAUAAGAACCAAAUUUUCUUUAAAUAGUUCCAGUCUGAAAUGUAUUUGUUAGCUCUAAAACAACGUUAAAUAGAAAUAAGUUAAUAAAUUUUUAAUAUAAUAUAUUAAUAUGAUAUUUUUAAUAGGUAAUAUCAUUGACAUAAGUUAAUGGCUAUGCCAUACAUUUUAUGUAUUUAUUUAAUGUGUCACAUAAACUAAAUCGUGUAAUUAUGAUUCUGAUUUAUGAAAUCUGCUAAUUUGCCUUCAACUGAGAAAAGUUCAAGAGGCAUAACUUUUUAAUUCGAGCAUAUUAUUCCGCAAAGAGCAAUUAGGCUAGCAUUCCGGAUAAUUGAUUUUAUUCAGCCAUAGAAAUACAGCCGACCACAAGUGAGAAAAUCUAAUAAAAUGUUUUGAGUGGAAAAAUUUAAUAUAAAUGUGAAUUCUAUUUAAUUACUUCAAAACGAGGUGUUCAAGUGACGCUGAAUUUCACAAAUAAUUCAUUGGUCUUUUGAAACCUUACCCACAGCACCCAACCCUCGUUUUUUUUUUGGCAUUUAAUUAAUUGACAAAUAUUUGGACAAAGGCAGCAACUGGCUGGACCAAGGCUGGCCGCAAAUUGAACAAUAACACAACGAGCACUUCAAACGAAAUUUAUUUGAUAAAAUAUUAUUUCUUCUCCCACCUCGGUAGCUUGAUUUUCCAAUUAAAGCAUCAAUUCGGAAUGGGCUGAAACUAAAAAAUCGGGUCAAAAUCAAACCAAGCCAAAAGCAAACCAGACCAAAAGCAAACGAGACCGCGCCUUACCGAAACGAACCCAAGCUCUGUCCAUCGGUUAACCGUGUUCUGUGCUCCUGACAGCUGCCGGCCGAGGGGCCAGGAUCAGGGAAAGUGUCCUGGUGGAGCUGCGAGGCAACAAUGCAGGCGUGAACAUAAAUUUCAAGCUCCACUGAGCCACCCAGAGCCCUUCAGUUCAGAAUUCCACCCCUCUUUGGUCAGGGCUAAAAGUGCCAAAGUUUAUUAUUAAAUUAUGUUGGCAAAUAAAACUGUUGAACGUAAAAUCAAUUUUGGAACUUCUCUCUGCUCCUGACAAUGCCCACUGAGAAGUGUCCUUUGUUUCUGGGCCAAGUCCUCUCUCUUCCUUCUCUUUUUUUGGCAUCCUGUGACCGACUGAACCCAACUAAUCAAAUUAGGCUUAAUUUCUAAAAAAAAAAAAUAAAUCAACUUGCCCAAAAAACAAUUCUUCAUCCCGGGGGAACCCUUUUCGAUGCUGGUAAUCGAAUAUGCCCCACUCAUCAAAAUCGCUAAUGGCUCUUCAACUCGCUGGUCGAGACCGCAAAUAGCCAUUGGAUGCCCGAAAAUCGAUUCUCGAUAUAUGGCGUGUUAUAUAUAGAGAGACCUCUCCACAUGCGAAUGGAUUUUUCGAGGACCUGAAAUAGCGCAAGUUCCGUUUAGCAGCUGAAAACUGAAAUACUCAUAUUGAAUAGGCAAAUUCCCAGGUCAGGGAGGCUAGCAAGGAGACAAGGAGCAAAAGAGAUGGGCAAUGGAGAGCGAAAGAGAGAGGCUGACAGCUUUCUUUAUAGAAUUACUUCUGGCGCAAUAACUUUUCCAACUGAACGAGCCGUUGAUGGAGCACACUCGCUCUCUGCGACCGCUUUUCCACCGGGCUUUUCCUCCCGCUUUUCAUCCUCUUUCCAUGCCAUUCCAUUCAUUGAUUUGCCUUUUGCCAUGGCCAACUAGUGCAGGACACGGACAUGCGACGUGGCCCAGAGAGCGAAGCAGACAUGGGCCAUUUCCUCUUGGCUCAAUCCCCUUAACACUCCAGCGGCCGAGCGUCCACAAAUGAGCCCGGUAUAAAAAUAGUUUGCGGUGAACUCCAUUCUGUGCCUGGUUGGCCCGUUCGUAAACACUUAAUAUUAUUUAUUAAACUGUGUGUUCCUCCCAAUUUGCCUAAAUCUCAAUUUUUAAUUUCCUUUCACAUUUCCCUUGACCCUUCGGCAGUCCAGUGUCCGUAAAUAAUAGGCUGACAAUAUGGGCUUGUGGGAAAAUUAACUUUUAGCCUGGUCAGCUUUAUUAAAUUGAAGACAACAGCCACUAUAAACCAUGUUUGUGAGUUUGCGUUAAAGAACGGCAACAGUUUCAAUACUUUGUUGCUUGUUAAGCUCGAUAAAUAGAAUCCAAUCGCAAAAAGCCGUUUAGUUUCGCUUUAUUUUACCUUUAAUCCUAUAUUUGCCAAACAAAUUAGUUCACCAAUCCUCGAUGCUCUGUUUUAAUUAGUUGGCUUUAUGCAAUAGUUCUAUGCAAAUAAAAAUGAACUCUGCAUCCGUUAAAAUUUCAGUAUUUUCAAUUUGGCAAUAAAGCAUUUGCACCAACGAUGUAAAACUGUUUGCAAACGGUUUGUUAAAUGGUAAACUGUGCAUGUUACCUAUGCAAACAUGUAUAUAUUAUUUAAAACCUAUAAAUGCAUUUACAUAAACAUUUAUGGACAUUUAAAUAUUUGUUCGAAAAUAUGCACAACAUCUAUGAAAUCGCAAUCGACAGGAAGUUGAGCAAUGCUUCCCCAAAAAUGAGCACUCAUAAUAUGAAUUAUAUGAAUUAUAAAUAAUUUUUUUUUUAGAAUUUUAAUUAGACAUUGCAAAUAAUAUUUAAAGUAAAAUAACCCCAAUAAAUUUUUCAUUUUAUAGAAACAAUUAUUUUCGAAUGAAUUUUGCCUUUUAAUACACGUAGAUUUUCAUUAGUGGUCGUUUAUUAUUUCGAGUUAUUUUAAAAUAUUUUGAUAUUCUAAGGAACCAAAGAAUUUUCCUCUAAACCUUAUUCUCGAUUUCAUUAUGACAGUUCUAUUUCGUAUUUUAAUAUUGGUGCCAUCUUCAAAGAGUUUUUCCAUAAGAAUACCAAGGUGUUAAAAGUAAGUCACCUGAUCUGGACAAUAAUUCCUGUUGCUGUUGUCCUUGCUGCUUCCUUUGCUGCUCGAUGCGGGUAUUUCAGCUGCUCCUUUUCCCAUUGUUGCUAAGUGGCCAUGCGGCUAACCAAUCACUCGAGUAUCCUGUUCCCGGAACUCUUUGCUCCUGGUUCCUUGGAAAAUAGAGUGAGGAUAAGACAACGGCCAAACAAAUGGCGGCAGGUCCGCAUCUGGCUGAUGGCCUCCUCCUCAAUUGGCCCAGAUCCUUGCACGAUGAUGUCGAUGCCGGCGGGCCACUCAGCAAUGAUUAAUUACACUUAAUUGUAAUUUAUGCGCCACUCGAGCAGCAGCUCUCAUUCUUCUCCAUUAGUCGAAGGAGGAUUCAGUGUCGGGGAAUCCACUUUAUUGAAAUCUAGGCCUUUGGGCUCCCGCUCCUAUCCUGUCUACUGUCCCCAUCUGUCUCCAGCUGCCGGCAAAUGUCCCUUUUGUUUCGCUAAUUGGCCAUUAAGCUGCCAAGAUUUUUAAAGCGUUUAACGUUGACUCUCGUUUUCGUUUUCAUUAGCCCGGGCUUAGGCGCAAAGUCCGCUUGACUUUUGUACCGCGGACGAAGGCCUCCUGCUGCUGGUCAGCAGAGUGGCCAUCAGUCCACAGCUCCAUCCAACAAUUCUCCAAUAAAUCAAGCCGUUUCCUUGACUUUUCUUGUGGCUGUUUGCCACCGAAAGCAUCGCUCAUUAAUCAGUACGACCUCGGUCAAUGGGUAAUGUUCAUUUGAUGGCUGCUUGUUGCAGCUCAAAUAUAUCGGAGUUCAUUUAUUUUUCGUGAUGAUGCGGACAAAACAAUUUGUUUUUCUCUAGCCGAGGUAGAAGGUUUCUGGCAAAGAAAAUACAUUGGAACCUGGUAAAGGUAUGUUAUGUGCGCGAACUUGUAAAUGUAAUUCAUAUAAAAUAAGUCAGGUGUUGCAACUUUUGACAGAAACUGUAACCAAAAUAAGUCUUAUACUUUUCAAUUAAAUACAUAACUAAUAUAUUUUAAAUCAAUUCAAUUCUUGGACCCUUUGACAAGCAAAUAAAUCAUCAUCUUCUUUUCAUGAUAACGAAUCAUUAAAUUGUUUACCGCCGAGCAAAAACUAAAAUGAAACUUUUUGAACUCGGCCCCACACAAUGUCUGUCCACGAAUCAAUAAUCAUUAUCAAAAAGUUUUCUUUGCCAGCUUUCAUCGAACCGUGUCCUUUUCAAUUCUGUAGCCUAAUUAGAUCACAUCGAUGCAACUGUGAAGUGGCCGAAACUGCCAACGAAGUUCUCGGGAGUUUUUCGUGGAAAUUCAGCACUCGUCUGUAAUUUGAGCAGUUUUCCCGGGCAUAAAAAUUACGGGGCCCUGUGCUUUUUACGAGCUGCGUCAGCGGCGAACUGCUGACAUAGAUUUCGUUCAAAUAUUUCGCACUACUUUUCAUUUUACGAUGGCACGCAAUGAAAAGUGAAAAGCUGAAAGCCUUUUCUUCCCGCCCUCUUUAGCGCUCGUCUUUUGUUUGCUUAAUAUUUGCGCCGCCCUGUUUUGCUGGCACUUUUUUUUUGGCGUUUUCCUCCUGAUUCUGUUGUUGCAGCGAAAAUAAAAGCGGAGCAUUGCAAACAAUGCUCCAGAGUGAUUGCCGUGAAACAUGCUGCGAUUUUCGCCGACCGACACUCCCACCAGUUGGCAACCCGCCCAUCCAUCAGGCCAUCCAACCAUCCAUCCGUAUGUAGUUGCAGCCAUUUUCAACACUUUUGUUUGCAUGCUUAAAUAAAUUCUGGAAAAGUGGUAAAAAAAUUCGCAUGAAUAAACUGCGAAAAUCAAAGAAGGAAACGAAUGUAUUUGGUAUUUAAGCAACCGCAGAUGGACGCCAUCGAAAGUUGUUUCGUAACAGCUUUUGUAAAUUUAAAUCAAAUGUUUCGAGUGCUCACUUUACUGUAGCUCGGCGAGGCAAUCGAAAAUUGCAAUAAGGAUAAGUGUCCUGGCCAGGAGUGGCAUCAACAAAUUAUCAAAUCGACCUUUUUUGCCACACGUUGAACCCUUCACCUUCCACUUUGUCCUUUUUAUCCUGGUCAGCAAAGUGAAUUGCAGUCACUUGCUCCUCCGAUUCCAUUGCAACUGACAGCUGGCUUUGCAGCAUUAAGUGCUGAAACUACUGAGUCUUGGGGAAUUUGCCACUUCCGAGGAAUCCAGCAUUGACUGCUUACAACAUCUCUAUUUUCGGUGGGAAUAUAACUUUGCCUCUGGCACGACAAAGAUACCACUGCCAAAUGUCUAAAAAUGCCUUGACUGUUCGAAUAUUAAAUCUGAGCACUGGAGAAAAAGAGCAGUUUCAAUUUAAAGGCUACGUAUUGCACCGGUAGAAGCAAUACAUUAGUCUUAAUUUAUAUUAAUUGUAAAUUAUGUUAAUUUAUUUAUAAUAAUGUUACUAAUUUAUAUAAAUUUUUAUUGUGUUGUACUAAAUAUCAUAUUAUCUUAAACACCACGCAUGCUUAUCCCAUGAUAAUAAUGGGUUUUCAUUGGGGACCGACCUAAAAACUAACUAAUUGGGGUAGAGUUUGCUUAAAUAAAACUGUAUUUAUCAUCCCAGAGUUAUAAAGAUUGCUAUUUUUUUAGUGCCCAGAAGAGUGGCAGUGCUGAUGCUGCGUCAUAGUUUAAUGGCCCCACAAUUGGCACAGAAGUUGACACAUUCUCUCAACUGAGCUGCACUGAGCCGCCCUGAGCUGCGUCGAGUUGGGGGUGGUUGUUUGGUUGGUCGGUUGGGGUAGGUCGGUCGGAAAUAACGGGGAAUUAGUGGCUAUAUCCCGUCCCUCAGGGAACGUCGGCUGAGCUGCAUUUUCGCAUCAAAUGUCGGGCAAAACUGCAGUUUUAUGACAAGUUGUGCCGUGUGGAAAUCGUGGGAGGUUAGGCAAACUACCCGCAGUUGAACCAUCCACGUUCUGUGGCGGUUUGAACCACAGUUUAGCGUCUCUCUCGAACAUAUCAGAAAAGUUCUGAAUUAUUAAUUACUAAAUGUCGAGGGCUAUUUGCCCCGAACAUCAACUACAUAUCACGAACACAUACACAAAAACACAAACACAUACUCAGCCAUGGGAAUUCUGUACCUUUACUUUACUCCUUUGUACCUUAAGGUGAUUGCGUUGUGUAAACUGUACCCUAGAAAAGGAAAAGUUAGUGACUAAGGACGAGUAAUCUCGAAAUGAAAUUAUGUAAAUAAAUGGCAAAUAUAUCUAUACUGUAAUACCACCUAAGCGACAUGAAGUUUAAGCGGAAACGGAAAUAGAAACUACCAAGUUUUUAGUCGUAAGCCAAAUGGCAAAGUCAUGUAUCGACGUCACACUCUAUGUAAGGCUCUUUUGUACCUCUUGCUCUCCCACUUUCGAAUUUACUAAGGAACCCUUGAAAGCGCUAAGUGAAACUUAAACGUUUGUCUAGCUCUAAGUAAAUUAAAUUUAAUUAAAUAUAAUAAAACUAAAAAUAAAGUACAGGCGCAAUGCAUGGAUAGCAAAACGAAGUGGUCAAGGGAUCAUUAGCCACAAUUCAACAAUUAUGCUGAAAGCAUUUAAUAGUCUAAACAUGAGCCACAUAAUCCGCAUAGAGGCAAAUUAACGUGUAAAUUAUUGAAUCUCAAACAGCAUACAUAAGUCAAGCAAAUCCGUAGUGGAAAAAUAUAGUUCAUUGUUGCUGUCUAUUACGCCUAGAGAAUGGAUAAAAAAAAAAACUAUGAAACUAUGCAUUAACACAAUAUCAGUACUAGUUAAAUGUGUGUGCGUUUGUCAUUGCAUAUGUAGUAGCCGAGAGUCGCCCUAUUAAAGGUUUAGCUGUAAUUGUAUUUUUGUGUAUAUCUGUAUAUGUCUCUGUAUAUGCUUAGAUUAAUAAUCCCACAUCAACUCUGACCUUAAGUUCAUAUCCUACUUUCCCUGUUCUCCCAGCAUAGUUUACCUAUUCUGUAUAAAUUGAAAAUCUCUCAACUAAGUUUACUCAAAAAGAAAACUACUAAAGCAAAGUGAGAAAUACUUAAAUAAAUACUGAAGCA